GAACAAACUCGCUUUGGGUCGCCACCAAAACAUUCCGCCAACCAAAACCAACUCCACUAAACCUCCCAAUUUCAAUGGCGAAUUCAAUCCCUAAUCUCAUCUAUACACUCUCCAUCUCUUGAUUUCUCACCAGUUUCGGAUCGGAGCAGCAGCUGCCGGAUCGGAGCCGCCGAAUUGGCGAAUCCGCUUUUACUCAGCUUAUUUCAGCCGAUUGGUUUAGUUUAGGCUCGGUUAAUUCGUGUUUGAGCAAGUCUGUUUAGCGAUGGCUUCGGCGAAAUCGACUCGGUCUAGAGCGGCGCACGCGGGAGCUUCAGCGAAGGGAAAUGCCAAAGACGGAGGGGUGAAAUUUGAGGAAAAUCUGAAAGUUUUCAAGUCUGAUAACUUCGAUGCCGAUGGUUUUGUGCAGUCCAAGUGCCACUCGCUUAGCGAAAAGGAAAUUAGACAAUUGUGCUCAUAUCUUGUUGAUCUGAAAAGAGCUUCGGCUGAAGAAAUGCGUCGAAGUGUUUAUGCGAACUAUACAGCUUUUAUUCGUACUUCCAAAGAGAUAUCAGACUUAGAGGGCGAACUUUCAUCAAUGAGAAACUUGCUGUCCACUCAGGCAACACUGAUUCAUAAUCUAGCUGAGGGAGUUCAUAUUGACUCUUCGUCUGACUCUGUUCCGGAUGGUUCAGUGACAACUGGGAACGACGGAGUAGGAGAGCCUUCUGAGUUAGAGAAAUGGUCAACAGAGUUUCCUGAUUUCCUUGAUGUAUUGUUAGCUGAAAGAAGGAUUGAUGAAGCUUUAGCCAACCUUGAUGAAGGUGAGCGGAUUGUGGCAGAAGCAAAAGAAAAGAAGACUCUGUCUCCCGUCAUGCUUCAGUCACUUCAGACUUCUAUAACUGAACGUAGACAAAGGUUAGCUGAUCAGCUUGCUGAAGCUGCCUGCCAACCUUCCACGCGUGGUUCGGAGCUUCGUGCAUCAAUCUCUGCUCUAAAAAAGCUUGGUGAUGGUCCGCGUGCUCAUAGUUUACUCCUUAAUGCUCAUUAUCAGAGGUAUCAAUACAACAUGCAAAGUCUCCGCCCAUCAAGCACAUCAUAUGGUGGAGCAUAUACAGCAGCUCUUUCACAGCUUGUAUUCUCUGCCAUUGCUCAAGCUGCAAGUGAUUCCGAGGCUAUUUUUGGCAAGGAGAAGGCUUAUACAUCUGAACUUGUCAUGUGGGCCACAAAACAGACAGAAGCUUAUGCACUUCUUGUCAAAAGACAUGCACUAGCUUCAUCUGCGGCUGCUGGAGGAUUGAGAUCUGCUGCAGAAUGUGUUCAAAUAGCAUUAGGCCACUGUUCCUUAUUGGAAGCUCGUGGUCUUGCUCUUUGCCCUGUUCUUAUAAAGCUUUUCAGACCCAGCGUUGAGCAAGCUCUGGAUGCUAAUUUGAAGCGAAUUGAAGAGAGUACAGCUGCUUUAGCAGCUGCUGAUGAUUGGGAGCUCACAUAUCCUCCUAGCUCUGUGCGUUUAUCCGGAAGAACCAAUGCAGCCGUUUCUGGUAGUGCAUCAGCACAUCAGCACAAACUUUCAAGUAGUGCUCACCGUUUCAAUACAAUGGUCCAGGAUUUCUUUGAAGAUGUAGGUCCCCUAUUAAGCAUGCAGUUAGGAAGUAGAACACUGGAUGGCUUGUUCCAGGUGUUCAAUUCGUAUGUAAGUAUGCUCAUAAAAGCCUUACCUGCUUCAAUGGAUGAAGAGGCAGAUUUUGAGGGUUCAGGAAAUAAAAUUGUUCGAAUGGCUGAAACCGAAGCACAACAAAUAGCAUUGCUUGCCAAUGCAUCCUUACUCGCUGAGGAGCUAUUGCCUCGUGCAGCAAUGAAGCUUGCCCCACUAACUCAGGCUAAUGAUGCUCGUAGAAGGCCCAUGGACCGCCAAAACCGUAAUCCUGAGCAAAGGGAAUGGAGGAGGCGCCUUGUGGCUUGUGUGGAUAGAUUGAAAGAUAGUUUCUGCCGCCAACAUGCUCUAGAACUUAUUUUCACGGAAGAAGGUGACAGCUAUCUGACUGCAGGGACAUACAUAAAUAUGAAUGGGAACCCAGACGAAAUUGAGUGGAUCCCUACUCCAUUAUUUCAGGAUCUAUAUGCAAAGUUGAAUAGGAUGGCUAGUAUAGCAGCAGAUAUGUUCGUAGGCCGCGAGAGAUUUGCCACAUUGCUAUUAAUGAGGCUCACGGAGACUGUCAUUUUAUGGCUUUCAGAAGAUCAAACGUUUUGGGAAGACAUUGAGGAAGGACCUAGGCCAUUGGGUGAUCUCGGUCUACAGCAGUUCUAUCUGGAUAUGAAAUUCGUCAUGUGUUUCGCCUCGCAAGGCCGCUACCUGUCCAGGAACUUGCAUCGCGUGGUGAAUGAUAUUAUAAAUAAAGCAAUCACUGCAUUUUCGUCAACUGGCAUGGAUCCGUAUAGUGUACUUCCGGAAGAUGAGUGGUUCAACGAAGUCUGUCAAGACGCGAUAGAGAAGCUGAGUGGUCAACCGAAGAACUCCAACAGGGAGCGCGACCUCAACAGUCCAACUGCUUCUGUUUCAGCUCAAUCAAUCUCAUCCAUGAGAUCUCAUGGAAGUUCCUGAUCCAAAAUUGUUCACAAUCUGUAAAUUAGACUGCACGUGCACGGUUCGUGAUAGGUAAGUGCCUUCGUAGUAUUUUGCUUGCUCCAUUUUUUUGUUUUCUUUUUUAAUGGUCAAAACAGUAGAUUUGUAGUCACGAAUGCGAUUUCUUGGAAGGCUAGAAAUAUUCUUUAUGUUUCUCAGCAGGGAAGCAUUUUGGGUGUAUAUGUUGAUAAGUAAAGAACUUGAAUUUGCAUAAUUCUUUUGUGUUAUAUGUACAACCUCUUUCUUAUGAA